ACUCGGUCGCGGGUUGCUAUAAACGCUGUCCCUCCGCGCCACCGACUUCUUCCUCCCUCUUCUCCGAAUCCCCACCCUAAGUUGACGAGGAGGGCAGGCGAGGCAGGACCGAGCGCAAGGGCUCGGGGCGGGAGAGGCGGAGGAAGAGACGCGCGGCUAGCGGAUCCCCUCCCGCUUCAUCCGACCGUGCCUACCAGCGCGUCGUCGUUCUUGCCCCCCCCCCCCCCUCUUCCGCUUCCUCCUCUUCCCGCAGGGAAAUCAAAUAAAGAGGCUGCAGGAUGGUGCUGUGGGUCUUCGGCUACGGGUCCCUGAUCUGGAACCCCGGCUUCGACUUCGAGGAGAAGAUCCUGGGGUUCAUCAAGGGCUACAAGCGCACCUUCAAUCUCGCUUGCAUUGACCAUAGAGGCACACCGCAGCAUCCGGCAAGGACCUGCACACUUGAAACUGACGAGGAAGCCAUAUGCUGGGGAAUUGCAUAUUGUGUCAAGGGUGGUUUAGACAAAGAGCAAGAAGCAAUGAAGUACUUGGAGAGAAGAGAAUGUGAGUAUGACCAGAAAAUCUCUGUUGAUUUCUACAAGGAAGGAGAUUCUCUGAAACCAGCUGUGAUGGGCGUAUUAGUUUUUGUAGCCACUCCUGACCCAGUAGGCAACAAAUAUUAUCUUGGCCCUGCUCCUUUGAAGGAUAUGGCAAGGCAAAUUGCUACAGCCAAUGGCCCCAAUGGCUAUAAUAGGGACUACCUGUUCUCAAUGGAGAAGGCAUUGGCCAACAUAAUGGCUAGCAUGCUGCUUCAGUAUUGCAAAAACACCACUGUGUUUAGUGGUAACCUACCGAUGGUGUUCAUGUUGCUCUGUUCAGGCCAUGAAGAUGAUUCGAUCAUUGAGCUAGCUAAUGAGGUAAGGAAGGUGCUGAACAGAACGAAGGAGACGAAGAUCACUGGCUCUGAUGCAUCAUCCCUGAAAUCUCAUGCUCCUCUUGUGCACCUGUCUGCACUUCCCGAAGGCACCGUUGUGGAUUCGAGAUAGCAAGAACCUGGAGGACCAGCUGGAUCAGCGAGAGAUCAAACUUCGUCUGACCAUACUCACUCCUCAUGCUGUUCGAUUAAGACUCAGAAUUUGCUUCAGCUCUAGUAUGUUUGUGACCAAUGUGUACUGAUUUGCCUUUGCAACAAUCGUAGUGAGGCUGUACCUUUCAGACUGAAAAUGCUAAAGCCGUCAAUGUUUUGUUUGAUACACUAAUAAUGACAUUUUGUCCGUUUAGCA